UCAACCAUGGAGGGAGUAGGUAAGGAUUCAUGGUUGGUGAAGUUGGGACUUUUAUCUUCAAAUCCAGUCCACCGGAAUCUAUUGCCUCGGGGAGAAAAUCGCAGUCGCAAAGCUAGAGCGAAGAAAUGGAGAUCUUCUGGAGAGCGAUGGAACAGAUCAAUUGGUACACCGGAUUAUCGCCCACCGCCUUCUUCACCAUACUUGCCUCAAUGAUCUUCGUGUUUCAAAUGGUUUCCUCCAUGUUCGUUUCUCCAGAAGAGUUCAAUAAACCCCCAACUGUUCCUGUUUCUUCGUCUAACUCGGCCAAUUCGAAUUUGUUUGUUAACGAUACGGUCGCCGACGCCUCGCAAUCAGUCCAAGUAGGGCGAUUGACGGAGCAGCAGUUGAGGGCUUACGAUGGCUCCGAUCCGAAUAAGCCACUUCUUAUGGCUAUAAAGGGUCAAAUCUACGAUGUAUCUUCCGGCAGGACGUUUUAUGGUCCUGGUUCACCUUACUCCAUGUUCGUCGGGAAGGAUGCUAGCAGAGCCUUGGCUCUCUUGUCUUUUAAACCUGAAGACAUUAAUGGUAAUCUCGAAGGCCUGAAUGAAGAAGAGCUUGUAAUCUUGCAGGAUUGGGAAUACAAGUUCAUGGAAAAGUAUGUGAAGGUUGGGGAGCUCGUUUCAGAGGAGGCAUUGAAUGAGCGUUCUGAAAAUGGACACCAAAGUACCGACACCAAUCGAGAAGAAGAACCCAACAAAGAUCAAUAAGAAGGCGUUUAUUGCUUUCACCUUUCAUCAGGCUCAUCACUGAAAGUUCUUGACUUGAAUGUGCCUGUCCUUUGCCCUUCAAUCGGAUUGAUCACAUUGAAGUUAGAUAUCCUGCUACAUCUUGGCUACAUUUUUGGUUUUGUAUAUUACUUCACACGAAAA